AUGUCGGAGGACGAUGUUGACGUGAUGGGCGUCGAGGGGCAGGGCGGCCCAGCACGUGUCGAUCGCGACCGGAGGGCGCCCCGUUUCAGCUGGACCCCGGCAUACGAAGCGACCUUCUUCCGGAGUCUCUGCGAGAGCGUCAAUCUGGGCUUGCGAGAGAACAGCAGCUUCAAGGCCGAGGCAUGGGAACGAGCCGCGCAGGCUCUGCAGGCGACACACGGCGCGUACCCUGCCAAGAGCCACCUCAUCAACAAGAGCGACAAUGCGAGGAAACGAUUCCGCCUCUGGCGAGGCCUCCGUGAGGAUCCAGAGUUCAUCUACAACCCACACGCGCGGACCGUCACGGCGACCGAGGAGGCUUGGAGGGCACAUAUCGAGAAAGAGCCGCUGUCGCGAGCGUUGCGAGGACGGCCGUAUGAACACGAAGACUUUAUGGAAAUCCUAUACCCGGAUGUGAUAGGGUCAGGGGGUGCCCCCAAGAGGAUAAUGAAGCCUCGAAGGCGGACAGAUGGCGCACUGGGGGACGACAUUGAAAUGCCAGGCACAGGCGUGCUCAAUCUGGGGUCAGAGGGACAAGGCUCGCUCGCCAGUCCAAGCCAGCAACCGAGACCAACCCUCAGCCAGACGCCCUCCGGAUCGUCCAGCGGCUCACUCCCUACCCAGCCGAUGCAACCGCCAGCCAUCGCUCCCAAUCUAAUGCCCACACCAAUGGCCUCCGUCGCCUCAGGGAGCGCGCUCACACCCCCAGAUGAAAUACCAGGACAGGGCCAGAGUCACAAUUUGGCGCGCAAACGCCGUCAAGGGCCAGCCACGGGGUCUGUGGACGCAACGGCAUCUCCUGGGCUGGCGGACACAUCCACGGCCUUCACCCCGCAUAAGCGGCGGCGCAUGUCGUCGAGAGACAUGCAAGCUGGGUCGAGCACGUCUGCGCCGGGAGGAAUCGGUGCGCUGGGCUCUUCGACCGUUGCGCAGGUUGUCACCCCCAUUGUUGAGGAGAUUCUCGAGGCAAUGAAGGCCCGCGCACUGCCGCGGUGGAGGGAACAGGCCCUCGACAUGUUCUUCCGGGAUUUCGCCGCGGAAGAGUACGACCUGCAGGUCAAAAUCUCCGAAAACGUGCUCAGCAACGAGCACAAGGCCAUGGUGUUUUGCAAGAUGCCCGAGCGAGUGCGGCAGCAUUGGGGCAGAAGCAGUAGUCUGAUCUCCGCGUCACAAGACAGGUUUCCAGCAUUUCUCACCACCGCAUACUCGAAUAGCAAAUCAAAGCCUCUUCGCCAGUCGUCAAUUUGGUCUCCCCACGUCCUCCUUCCUAUACAAACCACCAAGAUGUCCUACGCCGAUAUUGCUGCCAGCGGCCCCAAGCAGGCCCCCGAGGACGCUGCUGCCCCUCAGCCUCCUGAGAUCGUCCCCAACGAGUCUGCGUCCACUGCCUCCCUCGUUGACGUCGACAUGCCCAGCGUGCACACGGUGCCCUCCGACUUCCAGGAGCAGGAGGUCAAGACGGAGACCCAGGCGCAGCGUCUCGAGCGCGAGGCCGAGCAGAAGAAGGUCAAGGCCAAGCGCGAGGCCAAGAAGACGGACAACUGGCUCACGGAGCAGUUCGCCAAGCUGUCCGAUGGCAGCGCCGGCGCGCUCGCCAUUGCCAACCUCGCUGGUGUCGUCGGCCUGAGCGCAUACAUGGGCUACAAGGCCUGGGGCCUGUACGAGCGCGGCCGUCUGUCGUACCAGAACGUGGGCGUUGGCGUCGGUAUCCUCGCCGUCGUCGGUGCCGCCGAGGGCGUCUUCGGGCGCUAUCUGUACAAGGGCAAGAAGGAUGAGUCGUCCUAG